GGGAAGAGAGUGAGAGAGGAAACUGAACACAGGGGGAAGCAGAAGCAGAGAGCAAGAGCAGGCAUUAACCAUGCGCACAUGAGAAUGAGAGACACUGAGAAAGAGAGGAGAGAGCGCGGGAGAGGGAGGGCAGCAGAGACAGCAAAAAGGCUUAAUUAAUUCAGGGUGGAUGGGAGGGUUAUUGCUGCUGUCAUGCUGCAUGUAGUCGAGUGUUUGUGUGAGCACAGAGGACGCCUCGGCUGCUGCUGCUUACUGGGCACCAGACACCAGUCCAGCUGAGCCACGACUCCACUGACUGACUGGCUGGCUGAGUGGCUGUCUGAAUAGCUGGGUCUUCACUGAGCGGCUGAACAGGGAUGUUACAUGGACUAUUGUGGAAGCAGCAUUGCCCAGAGGUACCACUGCUUCCAGGGUUGGAGCUGAAUUGUGACUGAACAGGUUGUGGGUCAGAGAAGGUGUUUUGUGCUGCAGGUCUGCUGAGAAACCUCGUGUCAUCUCCUAGUCAGGAGGAGUAGUUAUUGUUAUUGUGACAGACAGUCUUCUCUGGAAAUGUACACCUGACUUGGCAUAAUCUUCGCUGCCACAGGAGCUGAACCACAUCCAACUACUAUAGACUAAAAUCUGUUUAUUUUAGUAGCUGUUUGUUUUUUAUAUUUUGGCCCUCAAAGUGACAAUAUUUGGAGCACAGGAGCAAUAUUGAGGACAUGAAGCAUUGACCCUCUGGGUAAAACACUGUGCUGAUUUCAUCGUCAUCUUUCUGGUUUUCUACCCUCACUGCUACCCUCAACUUUCCAACUCCUGUGUGCUCACAAGGUGCUUGUUGUAAAGAGCCAGUGAUGACAUCCCGAAACCUCUUCACCUCCGUCUUAUUACACAACUUGGCCCAAGGAUAACCAUCGAUCCCCCGAGGGGCACCUGUGGACCAACACACGCCCAGACCACAGAGCCCCGCCCCGGCUUCAGGCAGCAUGGGAGACGGGAGCUGGGUAUGUCUGAGCCCAGCGGAGUUUACCCAACUGCAACAGUACAGCGAAUACUCCACAAAGAAGCUGAAGGAUGUGCUGGAGGAGUUUCACGGUGAAGGAGUACUUUCCAAAUACAACCCGGAGCAGAAGCAGGACGUUCUCAACCAACCAAUUGACUAUGAGGGCUUCCAGCUCUUCAUGGCCACUUACCUGGAGAACGACAUCCCAGAAGAGCUGUGUCAGCACCUCUUCACCUCCUUCAAGAGCAAGACGGGAGGCUGCUCUCCAGAUCAGUCUCGAGCAGGAGCGAGCUUACUGGAAGCUCGUUCCAUUGACGCAGGCAUCUCUAUUCAUACCGAAGUGGCCUGUGCCCCCAUUACAGGAAUGAAUGGGAAAAGCAUCCUGUCUGCCAUGGGCCGGCACACACCGGAGCACUCCAGCAUGAUGAGCACAGCAGGCUCUGGAGCUGCCACCUCCCCUUGUUCAUCUCGCUCCUCCUCGCAGCAUUCAGGGACUGGGGCCCAUACACCUAGGGGGCCCCACCGAUCACCCUGCACCCAGGGUAAAAACUCAGAGGGCAGCAGCAGCAACGUCCUGACCCCCAACACCAGCUCUGCCAGGUCACCAAGAUCCCCCAGACUUUCCCCAGAGAGGAGCCUCUCUGAGAAGCAUUUGUCAGUGCGGAGGAGCCCGUCGCCACAGAAGGCCUCCCCCAUGCUGUCGCCCCAGGUGGUCUUUCUCAAAGACAUCGUCUGCUACCUUUCCUUGCUCGAGAGGGGGACGCCGGAGGACAAGCUGGAGUUCAUGUUUCGGCUGUACGACACAGACGGCAAUGGGGUUCUGGACAGCUCGGAGCUAGAUCGCAUCAUUAAUCAGAUGGUGCAUGUUGCAGAGUAUCUGGAGUGGGACUCUACAGAACUGCGACCGAUACUGAAGGAGAUGAUGGAAGAGAUCGACUACGACCGAGAUGGGAUAGUCACACUGGAGGAGUGGAUCAGAGGAGGUCUUACCACAAUCCCUUUACUGGUGCUGCUGGGCAUGGAUACGAAUGACCAGGAAGAUGGGCAGCAUGUAUGGCGUCUGAAGCACUUCAACAAACCAGCCUACUGUAACUACUGCCACACCAUGCUGCUCGGAGUUCGCAAGCAGGGCCUCUGCUGCUCCUUAUGCAAGUACACGGUGCAUGAGCGCUGUGUGUCCAAAGACAUUGCUGCCUGCAUCAGCACCUACGCCAAGUCACGUAGGCACACCAACGCUAUGCAGCAUGUGUGGAUGGAGGGUAACUCCCCUACCAAAUGCGACCGCUGUCACAGAAGCAUCAAGUGCUACCAGGGCCUCACAGGCCUGCACUGUGUCUGGUGCCAGAUCACUCUCCAUAAUAAGUGUGCAUCUAAUGUGAAGCCGGAGUGUGACGGUGGAACCUUGAGAGACCACACUCUCCUGCCCCCCUACAUCUGUCCUGUUGUCUUGGACCGUCAUUCUGUGGUGAAGCGCGGUGAGGGGGAGUCGCCACCCAGCACCAGCCCUGACGACGCCAACCAGACCUUCAAAUUCUCCCCUGGAGAUGGACAAACACUGCAGAUCACCCCAGUCCCAGGCACUCACCCACUGCUGGUCCUUGUCAACCCCAAGAGUGGGGGGAGGCAGGGGGAGCGGGUACUGAGGAAGUUCAGGUACCUACUGAACCCGAGGCAAGUGUACAGUUUGGAGCAAGGGGGGCCAAUGGUAGGGCUCAACUUUUUUCAUGAUGUCCCUGACUUCCGGGUUCUUGCUUGUGGAGGCGAUGGAACCGUGGGCUGGAUCCUCGAUUGUAUAGAUAAAGCCAACUUUGCCAGGGACCCUCCUGUGGCCAUCCUCCCUCUGGGUACAGGGAACGACCUGGCACGCUGCUUACGCUGGGGAGGAGGCUACGAAGGUGGUAGCUUGCUGAAGUUCCUUCGGGACAUCGAGCACAGCAUAGAGGUGGUGCUGGACCGCUGGAACAUCGACAUUGUCCCCGAUGACAAGGAGGAGAAGGGAGACCCUGUCCCCAACAGCAUUGUCAACAAUUACUUCUCUAUUGGAGUGGAUGCCUCCAUCGCCCAUCGCUUUCACCUGAUGCGGGAAAAGCACCCUGAGAAGUUCAACAGCAGAAUGAAGAACAAGCUCUGGUACUUUGAGUUUGGCACCACUGAGACCAUAUCUGCCACCUGCAAGAAAUUAAAUGAAUGCAUAGAAGUCGAGUGCGACGGGAUCGUCUUGGACCUCAGCAACACCUCUUUAGAGGGCAUUGCCGUGCUCAACAUUCCCAGCAUGCAUGGCGGCUCCAACCUGUGGGGCGAGACGAAGAAGAGGAGGAACUACAACCGCAUGAGCAAAAAGGUUCCUGACAGGAUGCCAGCCAUCACCGUCACAGACGCGAAAGAGCUCAAGUUCUGUCUGCAAGACUUCAGUGACCAGCUGUUGGAGGUGGUUGGCCUGGAGGGGGCCAUAGAGAUGGGGCAGAUCUACACUGGGCUGAAGAGUGCAGGACGCAGGCUGGCUCAGUGUGCCAAUGUCACCAUCAGGACGUCCCGACGGCUGCCCAUGCAAAUUGAUGGUGAGCCCUGGAUGCAGCCCCCCUGCAUGGUCAGGAUCACACACAAGAAUCAGGUCCCCAUGUUACUGGGCCCGCCUCUGAAAACACCAUUCUUUUUCUUCAAGAAACGCAACCGGAGCCGUGACUAGGACCUGUGCAUGCACACAAACUCACACACAUAUACAGCACAUACAUGCACACACACACACAUGCACACACACACACCUCCCACUGUACAGGCAGCUCCAUCAGACUGGAACACUAUUCCCAAGUUGGAGUUUGACAGUGGGAAGUUCAUUUACGGGAUCACAUUUGACAAGUGGAACAUUCCUAAAGUCGCAUGCCUGCAGACAGUUGAUUCCCAAAGGAACCUGCAGUGAUGGCACCCAAACUGAACAGACUCAGACCCAUUCCUGUGUAACCAUCAUCUUCUAGUCUCGUCUCUGAAACUCUAGGUCCCACUUAUGGAUUUAGUCUCAGCCACAUGCAAGAGCUAAGUCUCUCAGUCCAAGUCGUCCCCUGCCCAAAAAACUAGCCAUAUACCAGUACUGCACUGCCUGCAAAACACAACUUUGGCUGCUUGGAUUCCCUUACAGCCCUGGAAUGAAGUAAAAAAGUGUUAGUAAAGGGAAGGCAGGUAAAAGAAGCAGCUGUAUGAUGAGCCAGUAGAGGAAGAAAGUAUACUAUAGUGAAAAAGAGAGGAAGUGAGAGUGGUGUGGCAGUAAUCAUGGCUGUUUACAAGGUGGAUGAGUAAAUAGGAUGAGAUCCACCUUCUGGCUAGAUUAUCUGUAUGAAUAAUGAAACAGGGGUUUCUUGUAAGUGCUUGCUCCAGGACCUCCCUACAGACGGACGACACAGUACAGCUGAGAAGAGGAGGGGAAUAGACAGGCCUCAUCCAUCAUUGGCUUUGUUUGUGGGUUGAUGGGGCGUAACAGUGGCCUGGAGUGGGUGGGAGCAUGCAGGGAUUUUAGGCUCUUGGCAUCACUGGUAUACAAAAAAAUCCUUUAAACCACAUUUACAGACUCUGUAGAUGAUCUGACUACCAGGCUGAGGAAGUGCCUGUCCAGCUGCGCACAGUUAUCGCCACAGAAAUCAACCAGAAUCCAGACUGAAAGUAGAGAUUAAAGACAUUGUAGUUCAGUUUGCUGUCUUACUAAUUUGUCCUCAGUGGAUGGUGCACUCAAACACUACCAUCAAAUCAGCAACAGCUCCUGUACACUGCACAGCAUAGGACACUGCUGCUGGGUCAAGGAUUAAAAUAAAUCCCCUCAAGGGUAAAACAGCAGGGCCUGUGGGGUUUUUAUUUACCAGAGCAUUGACAGAGGAACUAAAUUUAUCUCUCUAUUUCAGGGAGGGUCUAUUUGUCCUCCAGUGAAACCUUACGCCUAAUUACCGUGUCAAACAUCAACUCACAAUGUCAAGUGUGCCGUCAGAGCCUGCCCCUGCUGCAAGGUACUGGGUCACUUAAAUGCAUUCAUUAUUUGUUUAACUACACCAAAUAAUGAUGUGCUGAUAAGAGCGGAAACAGACAAAAUAAAAGGAAUUUUGUUUUCACCAUAGGAGAGGGAUCUAUAUAUAUUAUUCAGAGGCGUAGUUCAGUGUUUAGAAAGAAUGUAUCCAUAUUACUGUCCCCACAAAUAUGGCAGAUUAUAUUAUUAUAUUAUACAGAAUGAGCAGAAUAUAUGUAUAUUUCUGGAAAGUAGGUGUAGCUCACAUAUACUGUACACGCAUAUGUGUUUUUAAUAUAUCCUUGUUAAUCGUGUGGAAAUCGUAGCGUAGAGAGGUUCAGAUUAGGUUUCUUCACUGUGCAGAGCUGCUACAGUCACACUCUGAAGACGGGGUUCCACUUCGUCUAAUUCCAAUUAUAUCAGAUUUAAAUUUAGUAGUCUGCCAUCUUCUCUCUUCAGUUUAGCUUCUUUCUUGCUGACAUAAGAAUCAGAACAACAAACGCAUCAACAUUAAACUAGCAGCAUGCUAACAUGCACAAAUUUCAUGGUAGUCCCAGCUUGUGGCUCAAAUAUACUGCAUACACAUUAGUUACAGAGAUAAUCUUCCGUGAAUGUUUUAUCCCCGUACCGUUGUUUCAUAACACUCACCCAAAUUCUGAAGGUAUUUCCUGAAUCUUCAUAGACCAGUCCAGGAAAGAUAUCAUUUUAAUUAGUUUCUCGGGUCAUACACUUUGUUUACAGUUAAGAAAAGAUGUGACAGGAAAUGACAUCAUCACUCUGGCUUUGUGUGAA